AUGGAUUGGGACAUGGAUAUGGACGAUGUCGCCGAAGGGUUUGCUCCUCCGACCACCGUAAUUGCCGACAGCACAAAUACCGGAGGAUCGAUUGCGAUACCCCUUGCCACGACCGAGCGCGACCUGGAAAGCUCAACUUUGGUACCCAACAAGGUUCAUAUCCGAGGAUUGGAGACGUUGACGACGGACGAUAUCAAGGCAUACGUGAGGGACCGUUAUGCCCCCAUAAAUAGGAUCGAAUGGAUCGACGACGAGUCUGCGAACUUGGUCUUCGGAUCUGAGUCCUCGGCACAGGACGCUCUGAAAGCCUUGAGCGCCGUUGAUAUCGCCGAUGUGACUCAAUUGCCCAUCAACGAGACGGUCCCUGCUAAAGCCGUCGCUUCCAAGCCAGAGGCAAACCUGCAAAUCCGAUUUGCCGUUAUUUCCGACAAGAAGGCACCCGGCGCGGCGCAGAGAAGCAGAUUCUAUCUUUUCCACCCCGAAUUCGAUCCGGAAGAAAGAAUGCGACGCGAAGGAAGCAGGAACAGUUACCGCGACCGCAGUGGCGAUGAUCGCUACCGCCGUAACGGCCACGGAAGAAGUCAGCGAGGCCGCGAACCGAGUGUGGAGAUAUUUCACGCGAGCAUGUACGACGAUGAAGAUACUUCAGCGAACCGCGAGUCCAGAUACACUCAACCGCGGAGGAGGUCGUCAUCCAGGGGCUCUAGCUCGCGCAGGGAUCAGUCCCAUACACAUCGCAACCAGGAGAAGGAGCUCUUUCCAAAUCGAGGAUCGGGAGCGGGCAGGGGCCGAAGAAACCGCUCGGCGUCACCGAUACGAGAUGUCGACGGUGACGCGGCGAUGGACGUGGAGGCAGCACGGGUGUUGAGACCCAGCAACCGAGAAAGGGCAUCUGGUAUCAAGGAGCGUCUGGCCAAGGACAACACGGCGAAGGAGCUAUUCCCCGCUAAGGACUCAUCUGCCGGCAAGACGCAUAUGGACCGGGUCAUGGAUGGUGCGGACGAGACCACGCAGCUGAUGCAACGCAACCUAUCAGUGGCCAGCAACGACAGGGGCGCUAAGAAGGACUUGUUUGACAUUCGAGGCAGAGCCGAGAAACGUGGUGCCGACACUGGCUUCGCCAUUAAGGGCGCAGCAGGUGCAAGUGUCAAGGAGCUGUUCCCGGAUCGCUUUGGAGGUGGUAACACGGGAAAGGAACUCUUUGCCGACAAGUUGGUGGGCCGUGGACGCAGACGACAGAAGGCUGAAGAUUUAUUCUCUUAG